UACUUCACCCACUUCACUCCAUACAACGACUCUAUCUCCCACCCUUCAUAAUUUUUUAUAGCCGUUAGACCCUCUGCCUCUCCCGUCUUUCUGUAACAAUGACGAGGGAUUCUUCGUUUGUUUCAGAGGCGAACACGGGCGCCUCUACGGUCGCAAAAUCCUCUCUUCAAUCCCCUUCUUCGUCUUCUUCACUGAAGCGGAAGAGACCCCCCAUGAUUCAGAUCCCAAGCGUCUUGCAAGAAAUCCAAACGGACAGGUUCACGUCCCGAGACCCCACGCCCCGAGCCGACGCUGUCUGCCUCAGCGAAAUUGGCGUCGGGGUUUUCUCCGUCAAAGGCAAGAAGAAGUUCAUGGAAGACACCCACAAGAUCCUUCCUUGCUUACUCGGCGACUCAAAUAAAGGUUUUUUUGGUGUUUAUGAUGGACAUGGAGGUAAGAAGGCUGCGGAGUUUGUUGCAGAGAAUUUGCACACUAACAUUCUUGAGAUGAUGGAGAACUGUAAAGAGCCUACGGCUAAGGAAGAGGCUGUCAAAGCUGGGUAUCUGAAAACAGACCAGGAUUUCCUGAAGCAGGGUUUAGGCAGUGGUGCAUGCUGUGUCACAGCCUUGAUUGCGGGACGAGAGGUGGUUAUUUCAAACGUAGGAGAUUGUAGGGCUGUUCUUUGUAGAGGUGGUGUGGCAGAAGCUCUUACGAUAGAUCAUAGAGUGGGCCAGGAGGAUGAACGGAAAAGAAUCGAGGAUAUGGGGGGAUAUGUAGAGAUACAUCGAGGAGCAUGGAGAGUUCAUGGGAUACUGUCUGUUUCUAGAAGCAUAGGAGAUGCUCAUCUGAAGAACUGGGUGCUGGCUGAGCCUGAUACAAGUAUCUUGAAGCUGACACCGGACAUGGAAUUUCUUGUCUUGGCUUCUGACGGAUUGUGGGAAGAGGUUGGCAACCAAGAAGCUGUUGAUCUUGUUACUAGAUUAUGUCUUGUUGAAAAGAGAUUGGGACCCUCAAGUGUUUUUCGAAAAGAUCAUGAAGAUGAUUAUGGCCAUGUGAAUGUAAGCCUGUCAGCAAAGCUGCGGAGGAUUUCACUGGUCAAGAAACAAAAAGGGACUGGUGAAAAUGAAAAGGUAAAGAAAACGACUAGAGGGAAAGGUAAAGAAGAUGACUUUCCUAGUGAAAAUGAAAGCCCACCGUCGAAGUCACGAAGAAUAUCCUCGGUAAAGCGAGUAGAUGUGAAAACUCAAUCUCCAGCAAAAGAAACUAUUAGCCAUAAGAGGAGACCUGCCUCUGGUGGACUUGUGGCUGCUUGCGAAGAGCUUGUCAACCUUGCUGUGAGUAGGGGUAGCUUGGAUGAUGUAACUGUGAUGAUAAUUGAUCUAAGCCAAUUCAAAUGUAACAGCUAAAGUUGGUGGCUUGAUUUAGAUCUGUUGAUUUCACGCAUACUCUCAAAAAUGCUUUCCCCCUGCGCAUAUAUGAUACUUGGAUGUCCACACAAAGUUUGCUGAUUUAGAUUUUUUUUA